AUGCCUUUCAUACCUGGGAGCUACGUCUUCUGCGAACGACGGCGCAUCAGCGACAUCUGCUACGACAUUGAUGGCAUCCGCAUCGACCACGAGGAGGCUAUCCUAGAAGGCUACCAGAUAUACCUCGUGGAGCAAUGGGCCAUAGAGAGAAACCGCGAGGUUGCCACGGCAGUAUCCUUCACCGGCGAUCCAGUUCACCAGACACCAUAUGGCCAGCUUUUUGUCACCAACCUCAGCUUGUUCGCUUCGUCACUGAACAUCGUCUUGGUGCCGAAACAAGGAGACUUUGACUACUAUCAACAGCGAUUCUACUUGAAUCUAAACCUCAGGAGAAUGGGAUGCAGUGGCAGAAGUGCGCUCACGUCCAAGUCACCAAGCGAUGCACAGCGGGAAAAGUUCAAUCAGCUCUACAAAAUCUCAGACUCUACGGACUUUGAAGUCACUGUGCUGCGACUGGUCGUGUUGGUGCAGAAUUGCCUGCACAUUUUUGGACUGUUCAACCUCCUGGACGUGGAUGGGCUGUUGUGCAAUGCCACAGAGAAGGGCCUCGAAGUAUACUACGACACAUUCCUCAAAUCAACAUUUCAGAAAUUCCCUACGCCGGAUAAUGUCCUCGACCCAAACGUACUCGCAGGAAUGUUCAGCAAACUGUCUAAUAUCAGAGGAAAACUCCAGCACAUGGUCAACAACGUGCCAAAAGAUCCGUUUGCAGAACCCGUGGCUUUUCUCAAUGCUGUCAAGACAUUUCAGAUCAAAAAACCGGAUCUGAAGGCGUGCUUUUUGGACGCUAAGACAGUGGAGGCGAUAUCAGCGGCGUACCUGUCAUCGUUCAAUCCCCAAGGUCUCAAGGUGCACAAGGUCCUAAAGUCCAAGAUCGAAGAUUUUUCAGGAAUGACAACCGUGAACCCAGAAGGCGAGACGACAGAUCUGGAUGUGUUUGCAAAGCAUAUCACCACCGAUUCACUUAAGCAGGUCUGGAAGGGCAAGACAAAGCAGAAAACGGACGUAGCCGAUGCCUUAGCAAACGGAGACUGGCUGACUGGAGGAAAAGAGCUGGGCAAAAGUUUGGUCCGCGGUCUUGCCAAAACUACAAGCCCAAAAUCAGACGACGAAAAGAACGAAGGGUGUGACUCGGAUGAAGGGGUAUCGACCGUAGUCCAGACGUCUACAGCCAACCUUAAUGCACCACCAGAAGAAGAAACCAACCUCGCAACCAUCGGCGAAGCCUCACAGCAAGCAGCCCCAGUCGCAGUCGUGCCAUCUCUCGAUACUCUCAACUCGCUCUUCUCACAAAAACCAGAACCGCGCGGCCAACCAGAGAUUGUUGCAUUCUAUCUGGACAAGAAAAACUACCCACAGGGCAGGAAGAGAUCAACAUCCAUGUCGGGUUUGGUUGGGCAGGAGAGGCUUCUGGGCUAUCGAGCUGAGGGCGCAAGGAGUACAGGUGGCAUCCCAGGGAUCACAAUUGGCCCGUACAGGAAGAUUGUAAAACAUCCGGCUUACAGGAAACGGUCUCAAUCGUACUCGUGCAUGGGCUGCAAGGACUCUAGUCUCAAACCACUGAAGAGCGUUGUGGUGGAGUGUGACACACAGAGCUAUUAUUCGUACCAACUGUUGAAAGAGAAGGAAGAGACCUUGAAGAACGUGUUCGCCAGGAUGCAGGCAAUGGAGAAGGAAUUUUCUACGCAACUGGAUUCACUAAAGGCCAUCCUUGCUGAUCGUGGAAAACAGUUUGAGGAGAUUGAACAAGAAGCUGCAGGGAUCUUGGCAGAACGGCGUGAUCUAUUAGCAGAGGUCCGGGAGAAGGAGCACGCAACUCAGCGCUCCGUAUACCAUCUCGAGGGCAUGGUCGGAAAGUUAGUCGAGAUGCGCGAUUUUACUGGAGCGUUCUUCAACAAGAUAUCUUAUCUUGAUACCAAACUACCGGUAUCGCAGAGACGACUAGCAUUGUGGAUGGACAAGCUGCAGGCGCUUCAGUCGCAGUGGUUUCGAACAAUUGGCCGGUAUAUGGUGGCCUAUGCGCCCAGUGGUAUCAAGGGUCGAUUUGUGAAUUGGGAGCGAAACGUUCAGAUUGCGGCGAUGAAGGCUCGGGAGUUGAGAGGAGAGGUGGGCGAUAUUCAACUCGGCGGAGCACCUUCUUCCCCUCCGACUGUUUCUACAACCGCGACGAGUGCAUCCAUGAUAGGCUCUUCGACCACAGCUGAGACAACUCCAACAGAUGGUACGUCAAUAGCACGGUCCAUGUCCAUGUCGUCUGCAGCAAGCUCGGGUCCACUAAGAAUGUUCUCUCGUAGUGGGUUGAAAAGAUCGACUGGUGGCGACGGUUCGUCGUACAUGGUUACACCGCAAUCGCUCAUGACUGAGGGCAAGGACUCUGAGAAGGAUGUGCGACGGCUCCUUCAGCGGAGGGCGACGGAACAUGAGGGUCUCUAUGGAAUUGAAGAACAAGAACAAGAACAAGAACAAGAACAGGACAGCCCGGCGGAGCCUGUCUUGUCGACCCUCCUUCAGUCAGGGACUGAACCUAUCUUUCCUGCACGUCAUUAA